AUGUGUGUAGUGUUAGGGGCGCGAGGGACCAGUUGGCAACGCACAGUGUGGUGGUGAAGGUCGUCAGGGAGUCCCCAACACGAGGCAGUCUCCAGCACUCCUCCACACACGGUGGUGGUCGAGCACCUGGACUCUGGCUUCACACAACGCCAGUUUGUCCAGCUUCUCUCACAACCCAGGGCUGUUAUACCCGCUCGACUGCACUUAUAUCUUUAGUGAUGCGUUUGGUUGGAUAUGUUGGCUCAGUCGUGAACCUGGAACGUGGACGUAUUUUGAAAAUUUAAUUGUUCUCGAGAGGUCUAUAUAGAUUGGAUAACAAUGUCUGCGUUCGUGGCUAAGUCACUGGAGGACUUAGAUUAUCUGCCAAAUCUAGUCCUCAACUUGAGCAAUGGACCCGAGCUGGAGGCCAUUCCUGAAAUCCAGAACGAACCUCCAUACAAUGACCCAAAGAAUGAAGAACUGUUGCUGGAUUUGUUGUACGGCAUCAAUGCCCUCAUGGGUAAGGGUGGGGUGUGGUACGUGCCCACGGGCCCCGCCGGACGAGCAAACUGUGUGCCAGGGAGGAAGGUGAGCCACAGUGCAGCUUCCUCAAGAAGGACAACUGUGCCGCAACUGAUACAAUCCCUCAAAGAUAUUUUCUCCGUUGAUCAUGAAACCAUUGAGCGGUUGAGGCUACAAGUUGAAGAAAGAAAGCCUGUUGCAGUGACCCUGCACCUGAUGGUGAAGGAAGCCAGGGUGUUCUGUCGGAGGGAUGUUAAGGGACCCACCAGCACCCACGUGACGGUUGUGUUGGCCGGCAACCCAGACCACAGGACCCGGACGGAGAGGGACACGCUCUAUCCCAAGUGGAUGGAAACUUUUGACCUGCUUAUCAACGACCUUCAGAGGGAUCAUCUUCUGUUGGAAUUAUGGCAGCAGGAAGAGGAGGUAGAGGAGACUGCAAGUCAACGACUCUUCCAUAAACUGGUCCGUAACACUCACGCCGCUCCUGUCCUCCUCUCCUCCUUCACCUACUCCCUUAAGGAUAUUGUUUUAGCGCCACUCGAUGGCUGGUAUGUGUUUGGAAAUCAUGCAGAUUUCGAAAAUGACAGUGAUCAUUAUUCUACAAAAGUGCGGCUCUCAGGCAGUCUUUCAGCCGUGACAGACUUAACAAACAUUAAUUAUAAGACCCACGGUGCUCUGCUGAAGCUGGUACUGCAUCACCUUCUUCACUCCAGUGACACGAUUGACAUCAAUAAACGCAGUGCAAUGUGGAAUGGAACAGUCCCGGAUGGCAUCAGUGCCGUGAUCGCCCAGCACGCCUUGCUGCUCAACCUCAGCAUGGAGGCUCAGCAGCUGCUCUGGUGGAGCACAGCCGUCCAGGCAGGCGCUGUGGACGCCAUUUGGACCCUCGCCCAACUCAAGGCUGUUCAGUCCUCGCUUGUCCUCAACUUGUAUUCCAGUGAAGAACAGCUAGAAUUGUGCUCCUCUCUGUGUUUCUUUAGAAGUAAAUGUUUAAAGCAGAUACAAAAUUUGGACAUAGUUUUCCCCAUUACUUCAGAUCACUCCAAACUACAGCUCUCAUCUACAUUAAAAGCCCUGCAGAGUCUGCAUAAUCACCCACAGACCAGACAGCUGCUGAGCCAUGUCAAGCAGUCAGGCGUCAACGAGGAUGUUACUAAGGCCAUUAAACAAUACGCAGAUCAGUGGUGGCGGAGGACGUGUCAGCCGGCCCUGGAUAAGGCGGCCAGCGUCUCUGAGCAGUGUAACGCCGCCCUCACAGUCACCGAGGAGGUGCUCUUCCUCCUCAAGCAUCACUCCAAGCCUUAUAAUGACAUCUUCAUGCAAGAGAUGGACAUCCGUGCCGUGAUGUACAUAUACGAGACUGUUGUCAGCAACAUGGUGGAGGCCCUGCAGCCAGUCGUAGCUGAUCUUCAGAGUAAAAUCAUCUCGGAACUGUUCUCAGAGAACCGUGACGACAAACCCCAGUGUGACUUUGGUUUAGGUUCUUCAUUGUUUAAGGUUUUCAAGAAUCUUGACAUCAUCUCUCUACUAAACUUAGAUGUUCCACCUGUGAUAAAGACCUCGACAGGUGUUGAUCAGUAUUACCAGUGGUUCAUUCCUGCUGUUGAGAGCUGGCUCCACUCUACUAACCAACUGGCCUAUGACCACGUGUUGCAAGCAAUACAGAGGGACUCCUUUACUCCAAUCGAUUCUCAUAACUCCUUCAGCCAGUCUUCUAAAGAGACAACUGCUAUUUUCCAUAGUAUUAAAGUAUGGUGGCAUAAACUGUCAUGGCCUGAUCCAAGUUCUCGUUCGCUGUUCCUUCUCAAAACUCUGGAAAACAUGUACUCCCUGUGUAUAUACUAUGUUGAUACUCUGUGCAAAACGACUGACAGGUUGCUUGAAGAAAAUUCAAAUGGUCUCCAUAUUAGUGAAAAGGUAUGCAUAGCACUUCAAAAUAUUGAUGAAAUUCAGAAGGAGAUGGAAAGAUUGCCUGAAAUCUUCGGAAUUCAUGCUCUAGUAACCACUAUCAUUGAAGAAGGAAAUGAAAGCCUGGCCGUUCAGAUCAACUCAAAUGAGGAAACUCUGACUAGCAGUAAACUACAUGAUAUGAAGGUCAAGACCCAUGAUUUUAUGGAUGUUAUCAUAAAUAAGAUGAAGGCAACAAUUGACAAAUCUAUUGAUGAUGCAAAUGAGUUUCACGAAUCUUCACUGCUUUUGAAAGAGGUACUUGACCCCUCCGUUGUCAUCCUCCGCAAUGGCCUGCAAGAUCAUUAUUUCCAACAUUUCCUCUGGGGAUUCUGGAAAGCCACAUUGUCGACGAUUGCAAGCAAAAUAAGCAUUAAUUCAAAGAGAGAAUAUGUCUAUUUUGAAACAAUGCACAAAAUAUUGCAAGAAUUGUUCAAGUUUUUCACACCAGAAUCUGGAGGUCUGGAUCCCACACUUGCUAAAACUCCAGAUUACGCGUCCGUUCUCGACCACCUGGAGAUAAUGAGGAUGGACUCAAAUAGGCUCAUUGCCAAUUAUUGUCAAGAGCGCUACGACGAACAGACUGAAGCUACACUUCCCGUCACGGGGCUGCUUGUCAUCAGGGCAUUUUACAAGGAUGCAGACCACUUGGCCGUGAGAAUUAUCAUGGCAAGAGACAUAGUAGCGAGCACUGAGGAGGACGCCCGUAGUUUACCACUGGAAUAUUUUGUUAAACUUCAGCUCCAGCCUCCAGGGUGGUUCCCUAAAGCAACUAAGGCACACACUAAAAUUCUAAAGGAAGAUCCAGCCACCUUUGAUGAGGAGUUCGAGUUCGACAUCAGUGGCUCAGACACCAGUCAGACGGACAAGGGCAUGCUGCUGCUGACUCUCAAGGACAAGAACAGAAUUUAUUCAGACAUUGUCCUGGGCGAAGCCUUCGUAUCCCUCUCCAACAUUCCUUCAGAUCUGUCUGAGGUUAAGAACUCCUACCUCCACUUGAAUCUCCUCAGCAAAGACCGUCAUUACAGGGCGCUGGACAUUCUGCUGAGCAGAAAAUCAGACAACACAGCCAAUCAUUUUAUUAAAAAAAUAUGUAAGCGUUAUCCAGAAUUACAUUUGAACAGAACUAAGUAAAGAGGAGUUGUGUCCGCUGAUGUGACACUUGAGUUUCUUUAUGAAAUGAUCCGUGAGUGUGUGUGUGUGUGUGUGUGUGUGUGUGUGUGUGUGUGUGUGUGUGUGUGUGUGUGUGUGUGUGUGUGUGUGUGUGUGUGUGAUUGGUAGCAUUAUGAAGAAAACCUUCUUAGACGUAAGCCACGCAUUGAAAUUGGGCAUUUAAUGACGGCCAUCUCAGUACCGCCAUUACCAGAGUAUUCGUGAUAAAUUAAACUUUCUGGAUCCUACUAAUCAAUACCCUCAGCUUGCUCCCCACUAUGCCUACUCCUGUUCCAGCCUGGUCCCCCACUAUGCCCACCUCUGCUCCAGCCUGGCCCUCCACUAUGCCCACCUCUGCUCCCCACUAUGCCUACUCCUGUUCCAGCCUGGCCCUCCACUAUGCCCACCUCUGCUCCAGCCUGGCACUCCACUAUGUCCACCCCCACCCACAAAAGUUGACUUACAAUAUGCAGUAAUAAAGUGCAGUUACAAGAAGCUGUAGUAAGGCUAGGAUAAGUGAUCUUAUUAUGGGUGCUAGGAUUAAUGAGUUUUAUAAGGUGAUAGCAUAAGUAAAGUAAUACUAGGUGCUAGUGCAAGGGGCAUUAUACAAGAUCCUAUUACUACAGUUAUACUAAGUGCUAUUAUUAGUGCAGCUAUAAUAGAUGCAAGGUUAAGUGAAAUUAUUCCAGGUGCUAGCAUGAGUGAGCUAUACUAAUUGAUGGCAUAGAUAAGUUGUGCUAGAUGCUGUAGCAACUUAGCUGAUGAAGCAAGUCGAUUUACUGACAACUUUGCCUUUUUUGUAAAUAGACAACACUUGUUUUCAAACUGCACGUGUUUCUAAUUAUUGUCAUGAGCUAUGUAACAAUUUAAAUAAAAUAAUAUAAAUUCC